AAAUGAAAAAGCAUUAGAGAAUGUUAAUAAUAAUUAUGGUAAAGAAGAUAUAGAAACUAUUUCAAAAAGGUUUAAUGAAAAUUUGGCUGAAUGGUUAGAAAUACUUAAAAAUAUAGAAGAAUUAUCAGAAUUUUAG